AUGAACAGGACCGGGUUUAUCCGCUACGCUCAGCAGCAUCUUCUCAAUAGCAUGAAAUAUUAUCUUUCCAUGCGGGAUUAUGGCUCUUUGCUGCUUGUUCUUGAAAAGUCCCUUUAUCUUUUUGUCGUUUACCCUGAAGAGCUGAGCAAGAUAUUUUUGCUGCAACUUUUUGUUACCGACAAGCCCAGAGUAACAUAUAGCCACAUUUUCAUCAAUAGCGAGUGGUCUAUUUGGCAGAGUGUCUUAGGUUUUGCAUCAUAUCUUUUUACCUGCAGCCAUUUGGUGCAAAAGCCAUAUUUGGAGAUGCAGAUCUUCCACGGCUUUGCCGGAUUUUUUGCUUUGAGGAUUUGGGAGAGGCUUUCAGCCGAAAAUACAGACGGACAUCCCAAGGCCAACAAUAGUGGCAUUCUCUCUUCCCUUUUUGUAUUUCAGUCGCAUGGGCCGGCCAAGUAUCGAAAGCGAGCUGUGGAUCAUUACAGUGCCUACUUGCGGAUCGUUAACAAGAAGGCGAAAGAAUCCCCUUUAAUGAAAUUCUUCCGCUCAUCCCCGUUUGUGGAAUAUGAAAAUGUUUUUCUGCUGGCAAUUGUUGGAUACUCUGGAGCGCAACGAUAUUUGAAUAACUUGUUUUCGGCCGAAUAUGCGCCGACCAUUGAGGAUGGCCAUUACAUCCAUUUUGAGCAUUUGGGCAAGAUAUUCAAUAUCGAAAUCAUCGACACUGCCGGUGAUGAUCGCUUGCAGCGAACACGAGACCUGGCCAUGCGAAGAGCACAGGCCUACUUGAUUGUCUAUUCAGUCGACUCGGUCUAUUCUUUCCAAUAUGCCUAUCAGCUCUACCACAAGCUGCUGAAUAUAAAGGGACAUACAUCAGCAGGCCCGAAGAUAGACCUCGUCAACGAUCAUUUGAUCACGCGCGAAAAAGGCGAGGCCCUGGCAUCUCUUUUGAAAAUUCAAUUUAUGGAAGUAUCUGCAAGGACCAAUGCAAAAGUAAGGGCUGCCUUUGAGAGCAUCAUUGCUCUUUCUGCCUCGAAAAGGCUAUCCGUCGAUACUCUGGAUGAUAAAAAACAUCAGGGAAGAGCAAGACGAUCCAUUAAGAUUUGGCGUAAUUUUUCAAUUCUAGCAAUGGCCCAAAGCCCAAUUUAUACCAGUGAAAUGAAGCAAGUGGACAAAGCCACGAAAACACUGGACCAUAUUUUGAUUUCAGUCGAUGAUUCGGAGCCGUCGUCUUAUGCCCUAGAAUGGGUGCUUGGCAACAUCAUCAACCCUCAAAAACACAUCGUCUACCUGUUGAGCGUCGCCAAAAUCAACCCGCAGGCAUCGAUGAUAUACUCUGCAGGUGUUGGCGGUGGCAUCCCUUGGACCAUGCUGGAAGAAAUCAACCGAGAGUCUCUUGAUGAGGCAAAAAGAUGCGUCUUGACCCAUCAUGAGGCAAUUAAGAAGGUCUAUUCGCAGCUGGAGGUGCAUUCUUUGGUCGGUCAGGGAGACCCGAGAGACGAGAUCGUCGAUGCCGUGUCGAGGAUACAUGCUGAUCUGCUUGUUCUUGGCUCCAGGGGUCUUGGAGCGCUCAAAAGGGCAUUUCUCGGAUCCACCGGGGACUAUUGUACGCACCAUGCGCCCUGUUCGGUUCUCAUUGUCAAGAAACAGCCAAAAGAAGCAAUGGAGGGUCAAUAG